AUGCUACGUCUGGCCCGCGGGGCCCUAGCUCGCGUUGGGAGCCGAAUCCUAAAGGGGGACGACAUGCCAACUGCUGAGAAGCUAGCUAACAUUGGCUACAAGACCUUCUCCUCCUCCACGAUGCUUCUCACUGUGUAUGGGGACUACCUCCGCAGUGCCCGAGCCUACCACUAUUUACAGCCGCCCAGCUCCCAGCUCCAGGCUGCAGAACAGAACACCUCGGGAGCGUUGUAG